AUGACUGUCCAGACUUCAGAAUCACCCCCUAGUCAGGAGACUGAAGAUCAGGGCGACCGACAGACAGGCCUCAUUUUGGCCCAGGCUAGCUCGAAUCCAGUGGGGACUCACGAUACUUCUGCAUCCCCUGGCAAGACCGCCGCAGAAACUCUUCUCACACCUCACCAGCAGCCCAGUGGUCAAAUGACCCAAGCUAAUUGGGUCCCAGCAAGCAGCACUGAGAUGCGCCCUGUCGGCAGAUCCCGAUCCCUGACUUCACUGAUCAAAAAUCCUCAAUUUUCAAGAAGCUGUCGAGCGGACAGAUCGCUCUCAUAG